AUGGCCGCCAGAAGAGUGCUCCUAUGGAAUAUUAUGAGAAUUCCAAGACGAAUUGUACACGACAGAACCAAUCCAAUGGAAUCACUGUCUGAGGAUGAAAUUUUUCAGCGGUACCGAUUUAGAUCCGCCACGAUAUUUUAUAUCUGCGGGUUGAUAGCUGAAGGCCUUGCCCACCAGACACAGAGAAGCUGUCCCUUACCACCCCUGUUGCAAGUUCUAGUUGCUUUGCGCUUCUUUGCAACAGGAUCUUUCUAUCAGCUCAUCGGCGAUUCCCUCUCUGUUUCUAAAUCGGCUGUAGGACGGGCAGUUCGAGCGGUUACUUCCCUGUUAAGUGCGCUUACACCACAAUUCAUCAAGUUUCCCUCUCAGAAUGAUUUUCCGCGAAUUCGGACCAAAUUUUAUCAGUUGGCAGGUAAGUUGCAUAUACAAUAUCCAAAUAACAACAGUAAAUAA